CAAGAUAUUUUAAAAACAUCACCUUUUUAAAUCCUUUUUUGAUAUUUUAUAGACUAAACAAGACUUUUCAUUGAAAGAGGGUCAUAAUAACUGUUUGUUAAGAUGAUUGGCAACUGCAAUAAAACACCAGCCCCUAUUUAAAUGUGAAGCAUAAACUGUAAGACUCUGACCAAAGAAUAAGCAUCCACUAUCACAUUUUUUGAAAAGAAGGCCAAAUGAUGACAACCUCUAAGUUCCCUCUCCUAGGUCCUGUCUGCACUUUGUGCCAGCAGCCCUCCUGUCUGGGCCCUGGCAUCAGGAAAUGGGGUGCCUGCUUAAUCAGGCAGAGGUAAACAUGCCCUGUGAGGGGAAAAGGAGGGAACAUUCCUCAGACGGAAUGGGGAGUAUGUGACAGAGUGUUCAGCCAACAUGAGAGCAAGGUUACACACACGGAGUAGGUCCAAAGAUACAAAUGCACAUGUCAAAACAAGAGAAGGAAAAUGAAUCAAUGGGUUCUCCUGUAUUUAAAGGUUGUCAGACAGAAACCAAAAAAAUGAUGUUUGAUUUGCUUUUAGUGUCCUUUGAGCCUGAAAAGUAAGAACCUCUUCAAAGCAGAUGGUUGACAGUGCACCACGCUGCAGCAUCAAAGAGCUGCUUCACUUUUUGCUCAACGUGAAGUGUGUCUCAGACAAGUGAAACACUGGUGGUGUGACAUGCUGAUCCCAGUUCACCACUGAUGUUGACUACAUCUGUUGGCUUCUGAUAACAGCAAGGAAUUUCACACUGAUGGAGUCAAGUGUGUUUGCUUUACACAAGUCUUUAUUUACAUAGCUGGUACGUGUUUGUGUUGUGUGUGUGUGUUAUGUACUAAAGGAGGGACAUGUUUAUACAUUAGUACACUAUCCACAGAACGUGUGAAUGUGAGUGUGGUCCAGGUGAGUGCAUCAGAAAUGUGGCACAGGGAAAUGCAGGUACAGAGCAGAGGGGAUUGUGGGGUGUAAGCGCUGCAGUAAGGACACUGCAGUAAGUUCAAGCACAAAGGUGAGAAAGGAGGUGAAGUGUAGGUGACGGUCUGUGCAGCCUUAUAGUGCCACGCUUUGUCUUUUUUAUCUGACUCAUGUUUUUUUUCUCUCUUAUAUCAUCCUCUCUUCCUGCUCUUUAUCUCUCCCAUGACAUUUCCAUCCUGGACACUGUCCUCCCCUCCUCUUCUUCCCAAAACUCCCCCCUCCUACUCAACACUCAGAGGAUGGGCCCAGUGUCCCCCUGCCUGAGGAGAUGUCUCUGGGUCGGCUCCUGCGGCGCGCCUCCUCCAAGGCCUCGGACCUCCUGACCUUUAACCCCGGGGCCGGGGGCUCAUCUCUACGCUCGGGACUGGACGGCGAGAUCAUCUUCUCCAAAAAUAAUGUUUGUGUGCACCCUACGGAGCCCCUGCCUGGCCUGGCUGAGCACCACCCAGGCUACCUGUGUGUCCACGUGGAGAAGGAUGAGAGCCUUGGCACCACUCUGAUUCUGACCUGGGUGCCCAAUUCCCGCAUCCAGAAACAAGAUGAGGAGGCGCUGCGCUACAUCACACCCGAGAGCUCGCCUGUUCGCAGGAACGCACGCCACCGAGGCAGACGACCCCACUCCCGUCACCCAGCAGCUCAGGAGGAAGAUGAGGAUGAAGAGAGGAAUAUAACCAGCAGCACCUCCACAGAGAGCCACAACCUGGUGGUGGAGGCCGGAGCGGACGCCUCCUCACACCAGCAGCAGCUGCCCUUGGCUGUGGAGGAGGGGGAUGAGGGUUCCUGCGAGCUGUCGGAUGAAGUGAGCAGGGACAGCACCAUGGGUUCGGACUCAGAUACCUUCUCCUCCCCCUUCUGCUUGUCCCCCGUCAGUGAGGCCCUCUGUGAAAGCAGCGGCUCCGUCUUCCUGGACAAUGAAACCAGUCUCCUCCUAUUCCACAGUCUGGUCUGUGGCGUGAUACAUGAGACAGAGAGCACAUUUGAGAAUACUCCCUUUUUUGCUGAACGUGUUUGUUCACCUCCCACUCUUCAACAGGCCAUCUUCUUCGGUGGUAUUGACCCAUCCAUCCGUGGCGAGGUGUGGCCUUUCCUGCUGCACUACUACAGCUACGACUCCACAUCCCAGGAGAGGGAGGCUUGGAGACUGCAGAAACGCACCCACUAUCAUGACAUCCAGCAGAGGAGACUGUCUAUGAGCCCAGAGGAGCACAGUGAGUUCUGGAGAAAGGUCCAGUUCACAGUAGAUAAAGAUGUGGUGAGAACAGACCGCAGCAACCACUUCUUCAGAGGAGAGAAUAACCCCAAUGUGGAAAUCAUGAGGCGGAUUCUGCUCAACUAUGCAGUCUUUAAUCCAGACAUGGGCUACUGCCAGGGCAUGUCUGACCUGGUGGCCCCGCUGCUCACUGAGAUCCAGGAUGAAAGCGACACCUUCUGGUGCUUUGUCGGCCUCAUGGAGAACACCAUCUUCAUCAGCUCGCCGCGAGAUGAGGACAUGGAGAGGCAGCUGAUGUACCUGCGGGAGCUGCUGCGCCUCAUGCUGCCCCACUUCCACCAGCACCUGACCAGGCUCGGGGAGGACGGCCUCCAGCUGCUGUUCUGCCAUCGCUGGAUCCUGCUCUGCUUCAAGCGAGAGUUCCCCGACACAGAGGCUCUGCGCAUGUGGGAGGCCUGCUGGGCCCACUACCAGACGGACUAUUUCCACUUGUUCCUGUGUGUGGCCAUCAUUGUUCUCUAUGGGGAGGAUGUGACAGAGCAGCAGCUUGCCACUGACCAAAUGCUGCUUCACUUCAGCAACCUCUCCAUGCACAUGAAUGGAGAACUGGUGCUAAGAAAGGCCCGCAGCCUCCUCUACCAGUUCCGCCUCCUACCCAGGAUCCCAUGCAGCCUUCAUGACCUUUGUAAACUAUGUGGCCCGGGGAUGUGGGACAGCCGGUACAUCCCCACUGUGGAGUGUUCGGGUGAACACCCAGACUCACAGAGCUGCCCCUAUGGAGGCACCUCCACCCCACAGCCCUCCUCACCAUCCCCAUCAUCUACGCCCUCACCUUCUCCGAACCCCACCCCCACGCCUCCAGCGGAGGGCAAGAGAGGAUCCAAAACCCGGGAGAUUUUCACUUUCCGGAAACAGUCCUGAGGCGGAGGUUAUGGGGAGUUAGUCCAGCAGAGUUUUGGAUCCAUCUCUCUGGAUUCCUGAACUAUUUACUGACCUCUGACUCCUCUCUCUCUCCACAGUCCCUGCUUCUUGUUCCACUAUCUUAAUGUGGACUUUUUUGUCACUUGAUCCUUUCCUGUGGUGCAUUGUGGAGCAAUGCCUUACCAGAAUGUUAUUUCAAACGUUGACUGAAUAUGCGAUGAGGAUGUUCGCUGUUCGACCGGCUGGAGGUCAAGGAGCUGCUUUCCUCUCGGAGAAGGAUGGACAAUCACCAGCCACUAUGUUGGUCUGGAGCUACUUCAGGUUUUCGACUGCUGCUGGUCUGGCAAACUUCCAUGGGCUUUGUGGGCAGUGGGUCACACAAGGGUCUGAGGCAACCGGCCCGAAUUCUCUCUGACUCUGACCACGGGUCAAAAGAAACUGGAGAUUCAUUCACAGGACUUGAACUUGAAGUAUUGAAAAUGUUCCUGUGUUCUCACAAUGGAAUAUUUGUGAGUAUUGAAUCAUAUUAUGUGCAUAUCUCACAGGACAUUUUUAACAUGAAUUACAAACCCUUGUUGACAAAGAAAUGCUAACCCAGAAAAAGGAUUAUAAAAAAUGACUGCAACUUUUAAGUUUAUUUUCCAACAAGUGAAUGUUUGCGUUUAUAUUGACAGUUACGAAAUAUUUAGCAAUAUUAUAUCCUUGCAUGAAAGAUUAUUUCCAUAUAGAGGGCACUGUAUGUUUUCUUUAAAAAACACAUAAGCCCCAAACAGAGUUAAGAAUUUGUUUACACAACAAACGUCGUGAUAGGGCUCUGCAUAUUUCCUCAUCCGAUUGUGGUUGGGAACAUUCUCAUCUUUUGUUUUUCUGACAAACGGGAGGAAGCAAGUAUGUUUCCUCCUGAUAAACUCAGACGCGGAUGUUCAAGUUACCUGUCGUGCAAUAGGAGCUUCACCAUUUACACAUUAAGCAUCUUAAGAUAUAAAAUGACUUUCCUGUCUGAGGAUUAGACGGAUCUGACAGCAGUGGCUGCCGCAGUGAGCAUAGAUCAUGUUUUAUCUUGACUGAGAAAUUGAUGGCCUCCUGUUUUACUUGAAGUUUUUUCGUCUACGAUGAACCAUGUUUAGGCAGGGUUGUGAAAAAUCUGUUUCUUUUUUCCCCCUGCAUCGUCUCCACUCUCACCUGAAAAUGAAAGACUCUAUCAACGCUAAGAAUCAGUCCACUGGAAUGUAACUUGUUUUUGCUUCUUCUCACUCAAAUAGGGAAGUGUGAAACUUUUGUGUGUGUGUGUGUGUGUGUGUGUGUGUGUGUGUAGAAACUGAUGUGACCUCUAAACAUCUGGUAAUGAGUUGGAGAACAGCCAUAGAAGGCCUCCCCCCUCUGACCAGUCUCUUUAAUUAUAGCAGUCGUCAUGGGGAGAGAGGAAAGAAGAAAGAAAAAGUGUGCCCUUUGGACUCCUUAGGGAAAACAACACACGAGAGAUAGAGAGAAAAGGGACGAUUUAGGCUUCAUACAAAGAUGAAUAGUGAUCUGCAUCUUGCUUCUGCGAUUUUCAAGUCCCAGAUGUAAAGAUGGCACCUGGAGGCUUUCACCCCUGGGAGCUUCUGAGUCCUGGGGACGAAGACAUCUUGAAAUUGGUGCUAAAAUGAAACAUUAGGACCUUUAAUCAGCCUCCCUCCACCCCUUUGUCUCAUUCGGCCUAUUUUUUAGUCUCUUCCGCUCUCACUCAGCAAGCAGUCGCUGCAAAUGACAUUCAUAACUGCUCCUUUUUCCUAUUACUUAUCGUGUGCAGCUGCUCAUUGGAAAUGCCCGCAGAGUUUUGAAGAUUGGGCGGUUGCAUUGAAAUGAGCAUAGUUGGAGAUGCACGAUGGGAUAAUCAAAGUCCCCUCUCUCUCUAUCUCUCCAUCUGUGUGUGUGUGUGUGUGU